GCGGCCUGCCCGCUCUGCACAAAUCGCUCAAGAAUUACAGAUUCCAUCACAAGCGCGUCGCAGACAGAAGACGCGAUGAAUACACGAGAUCGCACCAUUUCGACAACCUCACGCGGCUUUUGCACAUCUAUCAGGCCUGGGGCCACGACAUCUACCCGCAGUACAAGUUUAGGGACUUCAUUCCGGUGCUGAGCCGCGCCAUGGGCAGUCCCGAGGUGCGAAACUACAAACGGCAGCUGAUGCGGGGGGAGACAGAUGGAGAAUUAGGUGGGGGAGUGCUUCAGACAGCUGAGGGUGUUCAGAAGGAGCAGGAGCAGGAGCCUAGGCACGACGACGAGCUGUUUGUGUCCGACGACGAUCUGUACACGCCGAUAGGCCAAGCUACCGGGCAAGUGCGCAGCCACGCAGGCGAGAACAGCGGUCCAUCCGCCGAGGAGCUGGAGCUGGCGCGCGAGUUUGGGUUCUAGACAGGCUCCUUACUGACACAUAAUGUUUGAUGGCAGUGUAUAGUGCAUUUUUUUUCGUGUGAUUUUGCUUUAACAAAUAACUCUGUCAGACGUAAGUAGACAGGCAAUUGGCGCAGACGAAAACCGAGUCACUUGAUCUUUGCGAUGACGCGCACAAGACGGAAUACUGGGCUUUUCAGUGACGACUCGGACACGGGCACUGCUCCUGUGGACGACGACGCCCGGUCGCGGCGCAAGCGGUCUCUGCCCCUUGACGAGGACUCAGAUUCGGACGUGGUGCGGCCGCACCGUACGCGGGGCCGUCGGUCGGUCAAUUACAAUGAGGAUGCGCUGCUGGCUGCGCUGGACGACGAGAUCGGCGAUGGAGACGAUCCAGACGACCAGGGUGUCGGGCGCAAGCGGCGACGCACGCGCUCGCGGCCUGCCGAGGACGACGAUUUCGACGAGGACGAUGCUGAGGCGAGCGACUCGCAUGACUUUGACGACGACGGCUCGUUCAGCUCGGACGACUCGCUGCGGCCGCGCAGGAGGCGACAGCCAGGGUUCAUUGUGAAGGACGACGAGGACGUGGCGUCGGAUGAGGAGUACGACGUGCGGGCAGAAAGAAAUCGCCGCAACGGGCGUCCGAAGCGCAGGGGCCGUGGCCGGCCGCGGAAAGAGGAGGUUGAGGAAUUCGACGACGACGAGAGCGAGGAGGAAGAGUCGCUGACGAUUGCCGAUGAGCUGAAAGCGCUGCAGGACGACUCGCCGCUUAAUUCGCCGGUGCAGCGCAACUUGCGCGAGCGCAAGAACGUGAACUACCAGCUGCCGCCGCCCAUGCUGCAAGCGGAGCCAGAGCGGUUCGACGUGGCCGACAGCCCACGCAGGGGACGCGCGGGUGGCCGAUUUGGAGGCACGGGCACGCCAGUGCCCGCCAGCACGCAGAUCAGACGGCUGUUCCCCACGGUGGGGCCGUUUGGGGGCGGCGACGUGCACGCGCUGUUCCAGAACGGCGGCUCCGCAGACACGCUCACGGCGAUCGGCAACGUCGAGAGCAGCGACUCCGAGGACGACAACGAGCUGUUCAAGCCGACGGACCCGAACAAGCUAAGCAUUGUGACGGUCGACAGCGGCGCGUCGGGCAAGAAGAAAAACACCCUAGCCGACACAGAUCCGCUCGGCAUCGACACCAACAUCGACUUCUCUGUGGUGGGGGGGCUGGACAGCUACAUCGACCAGCUCAAGGAGAUGAUCACGCUGCCCCUGCUGUACCCGGAAAUAUACUCCAAGUUCCACAUCACGCCGCCGCGCGGCGUGCUAUUCCACGGUCCGCCUGGAACGGGCAAGACGCUGAUGGCGCGGGCGUUGGCCGCGUCGUGCUCGUCGCAGCACCGCAAGGUGACGUUUUUCAUGCGCAAGGGCGCCGACUGCCUGUCUAAAUGGGUCGGCGAGGCCGAGCGGCAUCUGCGGCUGCUCUUUGAAGAGGCCAAGCAGCAGCAGCCCUCGAUCAUUUUUUUCGACGAGAUUGAUGGCCUCGCGCCGGUGCGCUCGUCCAAACAGGAGCAGAUCCACGCGUCGAUCGUGUCGACGCUGCUUGCGCUCAUGGACGGCAUGGACAACCGCGGCCAGGUGAUUGUGAUCGGUGCCACCAACAGACCCGACUCUAUCGAUCCGGCGCUGCGGCGGCCCGGCAGGUUUGACAGAGAGUUCUACUUCCCGCUGCCGGACGUGAAGGCACGUGAGGAGAUCCUGAAAAUCCACAUGCGCAAGUGGGACCACCAGCUGGACGACGGGUUUGUGCGGGAGCUGGCACGGCUCACGAAGGGCUACGGCGGGGCAGACCUCAAGGCGUUGUGCACGGAAAGCGCGCUGAACGCGAUCCAGCGCGCGUAUCCGCAGAUCUAUCGAUCCAAUGACAAGCUGCGUAUCAAUAUCAACAAGGUGCGCGUGGUGGCGAGCGAUUUCACGCGCACGUUGGAACGCAUCGUGCCGUCGAGCGCGCGCGCAACGUCGCUCACCUCGAGCCCGUUGCCCGAAACCGUUGCGCCGCUGCUGCAGCCGCAGCUCGACGACAUGCUUGCGCGCGCCCGCAGGGUAAUUCCGAGCGAAAAGCCGCUCUCGCUGCUCGAGGAGAGCCAGUACGUCGAUUUGACAGCGUCGAGACCAGACGGUGGGUUCCGGCACCAGCAGCUGUUGGCCAGACUCAACCAGCAGCGCGUGUUCAAGCCGCGUCUGCUGCUUGCAGGCAGCAGGGGCGACGGCCAGGAAUACGUCGCCAACGCCGUACUGCACAGCUUUGAAGGCUUCAACGUGCAGACGCUCGACUUUGCCAAGCUGCACUCCGACGCGUCGAUCGCCCCCGAAAAUCUCGUGAUCCAGCUGUUCCAGGAGCUCAAACGGCACAAGCCCAGCAUUCUGUACGUGCCGUACGUGCUGGGCUUCUUGGACGAGAUCACGCCGUCGCUGCGGUCUACCAUCAGCACGCUCGUGCGCACUCUCGGUGCCAACGACCGCGUGCUCAUCUUUGGGAUGGUCGAGGAGCAGCAUUUACUCGACGAUAGGUACUACGACGAGCUGUCCGCUGUGUUUGGGUUUACGCGCUCCGACGUGGUGCAGCUUGCGCGGCCCGAUGAGCGCCAGCGCGAGAGGUUUUUCGAAAGCGUUUGGACAUGUUUCCACAUGGCUCCACUCGAUUACAAUGAGCUCAGUUUGCGGCCGAAACGCAAACUCAAGGAAUUGCCCAAGGUGGAGGUGGAGGAGCAGCCUCAGACCACACAAAACACAGCCACUAAUGACGCAGAGCUAGCCAAGAGCGACAUGCGCCUGAAAAACACGCUCAAGGUCAAACUGUCUGGCCUAAUGGACCUGUUCAAAGCCCGCUACAAGCGCUUCAAAAAACCUGUCGUGGACGACGCGUUCCUUGUCCACCUGUUUGAGCCGGAGCCGGACCCAGAGGCGCCGUACCAGCGCCAGGGUGACCGCAUUUUGGAGGUGGCCACGGGAAAGCUCUACUACAACAUUGAUCUCGACGUGAUCGAGGAACGACUCUGGAAUGGCUACUAUUCGGAACCCCGCCAGUUUCUCAACGACAUCGAGAUGAUCUUGAAGGACGCCAAGACGUCUGGGGAGCGCGACCGCGUGCUGAAGGCCAACGAGAUGUACGCAAACGCGCAGGUCGGCAUCGAGGAAAUGGAGGCUGCGUUUCCUCAGCUGGCGGCCGAGUGGAAGGCUGCCAGACAGCGCGAGAAGCGGCGCGAGGCUGAGUACUUGCGCAAAGUGCGGGAGAAAGUGGAGCAGGAGCAAGCUGAACAAGCGGAGCAGGAGCCAGCCGGCUCAAUGCAGCAGGUGCAGCAGGCACAACUCGUUAAUGGGGAAUCCACGCAAAGUCACGUGACAACGGACUCAGCUGCAACCAACGUGGAGGUGGCACCGGUGGAGCCGGCCGAGCAGCCAGUCAAAGAGGAGCUACAGAAGGAGGUUGAGGAGGAACAGAAAGAGCAACACGAGUCCGAGUCGUCGGACGAGGAGUACCCGGAACUACCAAAAGAGCAGCUGAUCUAUUCGGAGGAAAAACUAGCUAAACUGCAGCGUCUGUUGCUGGACAAGUCUGCCGGGAUGUCUGUGGAAGAGCUGGAGAGAUUGGCCUCGCGUCUGAUCGAAAUGAUUUGGGACGAGCGGAUGAAUUUGGACAAAACCGCGCUGCUAGACCGAAUGGAGACUUUGUUGCGCUAGCUGUCGUACUCUUCAUUCUGUUUGCUCACGUGGAGCUUCUUCUUACGCAGUCGCUUGAUCUUUUUGAGCAGUCGCACUUUCUUUUUGCUCUCCUGCUCUUUGACCCUGGUAUAGAACCUCAUUGUGAACGGCAGCAGGCAGUUGGUGACCACGACCCAGCCUAUCAGGACGCACACGUUGCGCGGCAUGUUUGCGUCCUUAUAAGUGUUGAACAGCAGCGUUUUGUACAGAUCGUAGCCGUUCUUUAUAGGCAUCAUGUAUCCAUAACGAUAAAACUUGGGACUCAAGUUUAGCGGGUAAUAUGUGGGGGCGAUGUUCGACACCAUCCAGAAAAACAUCCACAUUGGGAUUAGAUUGGGUUUGGCAGCCUGCAGAAAAAUGCUAAUGUUCUCGUUGACACCACCAAGCGACGACAGCACCAGGUACGACACGAGCCAAAAGAUGAGAAACCCCACCUUUUGUGGGUACCCUGAGUAUAUGUCGAUUUGGAAGAACACCUGCACAAGCGUGUACCCUAGUCCAAGUACCAGGUACGUUAUCUGCGAAGAGAUCAGCCGGAACGCUAGAUACGAGCCGUCUUUGAGCUGCGACGCGAUUUUGUUGUGGUAUGGCUGGAAAAACGCAAACUGGAGUAGCGACAACAGAUGCAAGUACACGAGACCGAACUGCUGCGGACCAGCUACUAUCGGCACCAGAAGGUGUGAGGGGGUGAGAUCAGUAGUUUUGAAAAUGAUUGGCGUCAAAAGUUGCUGCAGACUAUUCAGUUUCUGCUCGUCCGACAACUCUUCCACGAGACGAGCGGUCAUGUUGGGCUGUAAUUCGGUGAAAAAUGUUUGCAGCUGCGCAAAGCCCCGCGUAAAGUAGGACGACUCGGCCACAUAGUCGCGGCCCGUCUCGUAGAUCACCUCCACGACGUCCGACGUGUUGAAGCUCGUGCCCUUCUGCAACGCUUCCAGAUAGCGCGACCCGGCCCCCGGCUGUACAAGUACAGCGCCCCAGAUUUGCUGUCUGUAAACUUUAUGUGCCAGAAUCGAGUGCAACUGAUCUGUGUCGUUGGAGAUGGUCUGGUACGGCUUGGGGAGCCACGUGCCGAUCAAUGGCAUCAUUUUGGUAGCCUCGACAACGUAAUGCGAAAGCAGGUCGUUCUCAUCAACAACAACCCAGAAAUGGAAGCUUUUAAGUCGCGAGUUGCGGUGGUACAUCGUUCCCCAGUAGAGACUGUAGAUGGCCAUAAUUACACCGGUAAUGAAAGCGUAGCCCUUGAUGAAAUGGAGCACGGUCUUGAUUUUGUUGAAUUUGGGGUCGAAAAAGCCGAUCUUGGUAAGCUUGUCUUUGACCUCGUUGGUGACCUGGCGUCGGAUGCUGUUGAGUUUCGUGAUGGUUGGGGCUCGGGACAAGGACUCUGUCUGGCCCACGUCGUCAUGGUCGCUUUCUGUGUCCGAGUCGUCGCUGUUCAGCACCGCAGAAAUGACCUCCUCAUUGGCGUCGUUGGCAGAGCUGGGAAUCAAGCCAUCCACGUAAAAUGGCGACGUUCCAGGCGACGUCUGUUGGGUGAACUGUCUGGUGAGUCGUCGGCUGGCCGGUUCCUGCAACCCCUCAUCAGAAACGGCACGUUUUAGCCAGGACGUAAGCGUAGAUGCGCGUCUGCGAAACCCAGAGCUGCGACGUGGGUGCAAGUCUGGCGAUUUUGACUCGUUGGCUGGCCAGGGCGCCGGCACAGACGCAGUGGAGUUCUGUCUUGUUUUUGCCUCGUCCGGAGGGUGGUACGACCGGACAUGCUGGCUUGUCGACAGGGGAUCAGAGUCAAGCGACCGCAACGACAGCGACGACAGGGACGCCUCAUCUAUCUGCGAAAGUCGCAGGGAAUCCAUAGAAAAGAGUGGAAUUUUAAUUAAUUCCGUAUCUGAAAUUGAUAAUGAAAUUACAC